UUUCAUGUUUGUUGAAUCAUCCGUGCAUUCUAUUUGACUUUGUUCUCUCAUCGCAAUCAUUUCGGUGUCAGCAAUUGAAUGUGAGGUGGAAAAAUGGUUUUCUAAGAUAUUUCUCCAUGUAUCCAAGAAAAAGUGCGUAGUACCGUUAUUGAAGUGGAGAUAGUCCUUUGUGCUUCAGAAAUAGAAAGAUUGUUAUAUUCCCAUGGUGAUAAUUUGCGUAGUUCUUUGUUUGUGAAAAAGUAUUGGCGUUCAUACCGUGUGAAUAUGUAGAGGAGGAAAGUCAAAUAAAAGUUCUCAAUUAAAAAUUGAUUGCUUUCGCCGAAUCAGAUACAGAUCCAGUGAUCCCCACACUUGCAUCUCACGCUAAACAGCUGAAGUUCAAGCUUUCCUUCGCAAAUAUUCAACAUAUCUCGUUCAGCUGUGAGGAAAGCGUUUAGUGAAAAUAACAUAAGUGCUAGUGAUAAGGAGUUGGGGGAAGCGAACAGGAUACAAUGGCUUUGGAUUUCGUUGCAACGUAUAAGGUUCUGGUUCUGGGAGAUUCGAACGUUGGUAAAACCUGCAUCGUUCAUAGAUACUGUGAUGAGAAAUACUACGAUACAUAUAUAUCGACCAUAGGAAUUGAUUUCAAGCAAAAGUUAAUCAAUUUGGACGGCGUACCUAUCAAAUUACAAAUAUGGGAUACGGCGGGACAGGAACGUUUUCGUACACUUACAACUGCUUAUUACCGAGGUGCAAUGGGAAUCCUUUUAAUGUAUGAUGUGACCAGCUUGGAGUCGUAUAACAAUUUGUCGUACUGGCUGCGUAAUAUACAAGAGAAUGCUUCACCGGACGUUGUUAAAGUCCUGGCUGGCAACAAAUGCGAAUGCCCACCAAAUCAACGUAUGGUGGAUAAGGAGAGAGGAGAAAAGAUUGCAGAAAAUUUUGAUAUGCCAUUUUUCGAAGUAUCAUGCAAACAAGAUAUAAAUAUUGAGGAAGCGUUUCUAACACUGGCUAGAAAGAUUCGGGAACAACGAGAGCAUAGAGGCGAAAACUUCGACACAGAGGACAAAGGUCAAGAGAAAAAAUCUCCAGGAUCCAAUGGUUUAGGGGCUUUCACUUUAGGUAGUAUUUCGGAAAAUAGCCGUUGCUCUUGUUAAUUAUUCACACAUGGCGUCUUCACAUCAUCUAACACCCAAAAUUUUUAAUAAAAAUGCUUUACUCACCGAAACUUCAUCAGAACAAAGUGUACUCACCCCGUUCAUAUCACCCCAGCAUAAUAUUUCACCUCAUUGUCAACAGAAUACGCACCACCAAGUACUUUUAAAAAAAUACUACCGUAACCAAGGUAACAAGUAACAACUUCACUCUGAAGCAUGUAGGGGAAAGUAACAUCGAAAUAGACGAAUUGUAAGUUGAGAAAUAACUUUAUGUUUGAAAAUUUAUACCACCUUUGAAGUAACAAGUCAACAAAACAGAUUUUGUAGCAUAUUUCUAUAUAUGCGUAGUCAGGUACUAGUAGUCAUUACAGAAACCCAUACGUACUAGACAAUUAUUUUCUACGAAACGUAAAAACUGAUUUGUACGGAACAAGCCCUAAUUUUUGUAUGACGAGGGUGUUUGUCUGUAACUUGAGGUGUCUGAAGUACUGCCUCAAAGUUGUGUCUGCUGUGCAAUAUAUCAUAUAGAAAAAGGAAGCGUUCCUCAGAACAAUAAGAACGAGAAAUGCAAACUCAAAGAUCGUUGGUUGCUUUAGAUGUUAGGGCUUUACUAUUUGAGAUAAUAACUAAUUAUAAAUUCGUGAGGGGCUGUAUCGUAGUUCCGUAUGAAAACCAAUUUGUUUUUUUCCAACACAUCGAAUAUAUAUUUGAAAAAAGAAAUUCCUUAAUAGUCUUCUUGAAAUAAUUCAUCUUUUCCGUCUUCCUAAAAUUUUUCAUUUUAAGAUAUUUUCCAAGUAGCGUUUGCCGGUUUGAUAAUGUAAAUCGAAUUUUAUCUAAAUCAAUUCUAGAAUGGAAACUUAGUUAAUCUUUGGUAUGAUACAUAUUGUUAACGAUACAAGCCACUCACCAUGCUUAGAGUAACAAUAAACAUUUUCCUUCUGACAUUCACGUUUUGAAAGAAAGGAGAGACAAAAUCCACCUCCAACAUUUCAGUAAUGGGGUGAACAUUUAAAAAUUUCUUAGAACGCCUUCAUUGUGCCUCUUGUGAUGUUCAUUUUGUACCAAUGAAAACAUUUUUACUCAAACCAAUAUAAAAGCAAGAAUUUAUAUGAUUUUAGUUCAAAAGUCAGUUUUCAUAUUUCAUUUCAAAAUUUCAAUUUUCGGUUUCAGCAAAAAUUUUCGAUUACAAUGUUUAGGAAAAUUUAUUUAUUUUCCGAGUUAUUACAAUUCCGGUUGAUACCGGAUUUUACCUAAUACGGACACUAGGUGUCAAGUGAUCAAACUCGGACGAUCCUACCUAACCUAAAAGGAUAUUCGAAAAUUUGUUAUCAAUCUCAUUCACCAUUAAAUGAAUUUGAAAAAAAAAAGAAUAAAAAGACAAAAAAAUUGGUCAUGCUUAGUUUGUAGAAGAUAAUACGCACAGAUAUCAAGUCAAAAUUCAUUUGGUUGAUAGGAAUUGAGAAUCGUUACUGUUGGAAAAUUAAAAAGAAUUAUCUGAAUUUAUCUUGAAACCGUUAACGAAAUCUUUGUAGGGAAACAAUAGUUUUACAUCUGAUUUUUGCAAAAUAAAGAUUUUUAGACGUUUCAUAAAUUACAAAUGUUUCUUUAAAUUAAUAAAAUUCGAUUACUUGAAGGUGACUAAAUACAUAAGCGAUAGCCUAGUAAGCAAAUUUCAAGGAUUCUAGCAAGCGUCACGCUCCAGGAUCGUAUUAAAUUAAAUAAAAAUAUCCACUAUUGACUCUCCUUUGAACUUUGUUCCUAUUCAGUAUUCGACAUGGUGAUGUGAUAAACUCAUUUAAAUAAAACUUCACUAUGUAUACAGAAGUGUGCCACACAUUGAGAUCCACUAAAAAGGAUACGAAAUUUCCAUACUGGGCUAUCGACAUUUUUUAUAUGAAGUUUGAUAACAAUAACGUAGUGAUCUUUGCUAAUAUUCACCAUCACAACGAUGAGUAAAACCAAUAUCAGAAUUCUAUUAAUUGCAAGCAAAAUAUGAGACAAUUAAAAGGAAAAUCUUAAACCUAUUAUUGAUUCAAAUGAAGUUGAAUGAUCUUAAUUAAAUUGAGGAAAACAUAUAUACCGAGAUAUAUACUAAUUGUUUCCAAAACAUUUCAAUUACUACUAUAAUAUGCUUGAAUUAAGCGCGAGUAUGAUAGAGCACUUUUAAAUUUGUGAAGCUAAGGAACAAAACAAAAAGGCGGACUAAAAGUGAGAGUAACCUUUCUAUGUAUAUAUUAUGGAUUUUAGAGGAAAUUUAGAACUAAGUUUUCUUAAAUGAUGAAUUUAAUAAAUACCAUGAGCAGUGAAAAAUGAGAAAUGAGGGAAGUAUUAGUGAAAAUAUUGAAAUAAUAAAUAUAUUUGGAAAACUUA